AUGGAAGCCCGAGCCUUUAGCACGUCUGCCAUGAACAUGACUAGUCUCUGCGAAAAUGUCGGACCCUUUGACGGGUAUGCCUUGACCUCCCUCGACGAUCUACCAGGGAUCUCGAUGUUGGAUUUCCCGUGUGAAGAUCCCUUCCCGCUGCUCAACUCGUCCCAUGUACUCCCUAAUAACACUCGUCCACCGCCCACUCGUAAACUGUGUGCCAAGCAAGGAUGUGUCAAGUUCGCUCGUUGUCAAGGGAUGUGUACGCAGCACGGCGGUCGACGGUACUGCGGCAUCCAUGGAUGCCCCCGAGUGGCCCAGUUUGCUGGUGAAUGCACAACCCACGGCGGCACCAAGCCCUGCGACGUCCCUGGCUGCCUCAAGUUCAUGCAGUCCACAGGAAAGUGCAAGGCCCAUGGCGGCGGAGGUCGUUGCCAAGCGUCUGACUGCGCUAAAGGAUCUAUUUCGAACGGCUUCUGUCGAGGACAUGGAGGCGGAUUGCGAUGUGUCGUGACGGGGUGCACCAAGUGGGCCCAGCGCGAACGGAUGUGCGUGCGUCACCACCACGACUACAGCACCGCGGACAACUGGGCGGUCCAGAUGAUGGAGAUGUAG